AUGUGCGAGGACUGCGCCGCGGCGGCGGCGCCCGGGAAGGCGAUGCUGUCGUGGAUGGGCCGGAGCGAGCUCGGCGAGCGGGACCUCGCCUGCGCCUGCUGCGGCGUCGCGCUCGAGAGCGGCUUCUACUCGCCGCCGUUCUUGCUCACCGCGUCGGCGCCGCGUGGCUCAGAUUGUGCCCACAAGGAAGAGGAAGAGGAAGAGGUAGCGAGGACAAAUGGAGACGUGGUCUUUGUCUCCGAGGAAGGCCCUGUGAUCGAGCUCUUCGACGAGAAGCCAUUUGUGGAGGAUGACUCAAUCGGCGUCUUGGCUUAUGGUGCCGAGGUUGUUGCCAAUGUUGAGCGGAUGGUGCCUCUUGAAUCAAUUGACUCGUUGGUGGUCGCCAUGGGCACUGUGUCAUCUCAAUCCGGUGACAAAGGAAAGGAAGCAGUUGAUCAUGGUGAUGUAAGGCAGAACAACGUGGACAUGGAGAACACAGUUAGUACCAAUGAGGAGAAAAUUGCCAUGACAUUUGAUGAUGACAAGGUUGAUGAUGUGGUUGAUCGGCUGAUUGAUGAACAGAUUGCUGCCAUAGUCUUUGUUCUAGCUUGUAUAGAAGCUACACUUGAUGAUGGGAUAAAUGCAGGCAAAAUCGUGGAGGCCUUUGCUGAUCAUCAGUCUCGUGAGGAUGACAGUGGAUUGAAAGAUAAGGAUCAGAAAAUAUCAUUUGAAGAUGAGAUAUCUGAGGAUGAGCAAGCUGAACAGGCUACUCUACAACAGGAUUUGUAUACCACGCCAACAGAUCCUAGUGACCAUGAAUUUGUUGAGAGGUUAGACAGAAGUAUUGAGUUGGAGAAUUUUGAACUGGCUGAGCCAAAGCAUAAAAUGAACUCUAUGCCAGUGGAAGCCUCUGAGCAUGUCGUAACUCAGACUGAGGAGAAGCAGGUUCAACAAGCUAAGGUAAAUCAGGAGUUGGAUUCAAUACCAGUACAUUCCAGGGAGGAUGUUGAUGAAGAACUUGAAGGAGAGAGAACCGCACAGGCUGGGCUGGAACAAGAGUGUGACUCUGUGCCAAUUGAUUCUGGGGAACAUGGUUGCCUGACUUCAUAUGCUCAUACUGAUGAUGAGCAAGCUGAGGUGAAGCAGAAAGUCACUUCUGUAACAGCAGAUGUUCUGCAGUAUGCAGCAGACACUUUUAAUGUUAACACAAACACAUGGAAAGAAGAUAUUGAAGAGGAUCCAACUGAAGCUGCUCUAACGGCCAUACAUCAAAUUUCUUACGAACCUUUGACAAGCUUAGACAAGUUCUCUCCGGAUCAUAGUGUCUCUGAAGAAGACAAAGAGCCUGAUACACCGACUCAUAUUGAAGGUAUAUGUGAUUCACAAGAACUGCUGGAUUCUAAAGCAGCUGUUUCUGAUGCUAAAUCCGUAGAUUCAAGUGUUGCUACUUUGUCUACUGAUCUGGAAAGCACUGAAUUGAAAGCUGCAAUGCAGAUGGAGGCAAUCCAAUACCAACGGCUUAUGGAGGAACAGUCAGAGUAUGACCAAGAAGCACUGCAGAGGCUGAAUGAACUAGUUGUUAAGAGAGAGAAGGAGAAGCAAGAUCUGGAGAGAGAGCUCGAGCUGUAUCGCCACAAGGUUCAUCUCUAUGAGGUAAAGGUGAGGAAAAUGUCCAGGCACAAGGCUGAUGACCAGAAUGGAUCAUCGUCAACUUCAUCGAGUGCUGAGGAUAGUGAUGACCUUUCACAAAGUUUCUAUGAAGGUGAUGGAUCUUCCCAUGGUCUUAAUGGAAGCAAUGGGAGUAUUCCUACAGAUGUUGUGCUACAAGAAACUGCCAGGCAUCUUGUUACUCUUGAUGGCUCACUAGCUGUUUUUGAGGAAGAGAGACUCUCCAUACUGGAACAGCUUAAAGUGCUAGAGGAUAAACUUUUUGAUCUCGAUGAUGAAGAAUCCGAUAGCAUGAAGCAUUUGACAGAAGAAAACCAUUUAAAUGGUGCCUCAAAUGGUUUCUCUGAUGAUGAUAGCUGCUUUAAACUUCAUGACAAAAGAAAAAGUGUAACCUACAGAGGAAAGAAGCUCCUUCCAUUGUUUGACGAUGCUACUGUGGAAGCUGGAAACAUCCCCCGAGGUGAUGAGGCACAUCAUUCAACAGAGGUCACGCUGGACCUUGCUAGAGAGCAACAUAAGCUAGCAAUUGCCAAUGAAAUCGAUCAAGUAAAUGAGAGGCUGCACGCUCUUGAGGCAGAUAGGGAAUAUAUAAAACAGUGUGUGAGGACUUUGAAAAAGGGAGGCAAAGGGUUUGAUCUUCUUCAGGAGAUAUUACAGCAUCUUCGGGACCUAAGAAGGAUUGAGCAGCGUGGAAGGAACUCUGGGGAGCUUUCGCCUCAUUUCCUACAUCUUUACACGGACUGA